AUGUCUUCAGGUUACACCAAAGAGAAAAAAGUCGGUGAAGGUACCUAUGCCGUUGUUUAUCUGGGAAAACAGGUAGUUACUGGCCGGGACAUUGCCAUCAAGGAGAUUAAAACAGGAACGUUCAAAGACGGUCUUGAUAUGUCUGCCAUAAGAGAAAUGAAGUAUCUCCAAGAACUCAAACAUGAAAAUGUGAUUGAACUGGUUGACGUUUUCGCUGAUAAGGACAAGAACCUCAAUCUGAUUCUGGAAUUCUUACCUUCGGACCUUGAAAUGAUCAUAAACGACAAGAAGAUCAUGAUCAUUCCAGCAGAUAUCAAGUCGUGGAUGCUGAUGACUUUGAGAGGACUGCACCAUUGCCAUAGAAACGGGAUUCUUCAUCGCGAUUUGAAACCAAAUAACUUGCUGAUCUCGCCAGAAGGCUACCUGAAACUGGCGGAUUUCGGUCUGGCCAGAUCUCUUGGCCAUCCAAACGAAAAACUGACAUCCAACGUCGUCACCCGAUGGUACAGAAGCCCAGAGCUUUUGUUUGGAGCUCAGCAUUACUCUCCAGCCAUCGAUGUCUGGGCAGUGGGUAUCAUUUUUGCAGAGCUGAUGCUGAGAACCCCGUAUCUCCCUGGAAAAGACGACUCUGACCAACUGGUGGUCACAUUCCAGGCUCUCGGAACGCCAACCGAGGAAAAAUGGCCCGGAGUUUCACACCUGCCUCAUUACAACAACCUGACCGUCUUCCCAGAACCUUCUCGCCAAGAACUUCGAAACAGAUUCCCAGCAGCUACCGAAUUGGCUCUGGAUCUGAUGUGUGGAAUGCUCUCUCUGAAUCCAAAUAAUAGACUAGACACAAAGGCCUGUUUGCUUCAUCCAUAUUUCACAGAGUCUCCUGAACCUACAGAACCAGAAAAGCUUCCUCAAAAAUCAUAA